AUGUUAGUUGGUGCUGAAUUUAAUGGUGAUGUUCGUGGUUCAAUUGGACACAGGGGCCUGAAGCGUCCCAGGCAUUCCGGAUCGUCGCAAACUGUGAAAAUCAGAGAAGAUCCUUCUGAGGGAUGGAAACCGAUUCGCAUUAAACUUGUCUCUGAUCAUUUGAAAAAGGGUGAACAUCACUGUUCAGAUAAAUUGCCUUCGAUUAAAACCUUAUUGAAUGAUGAUUUUAAAUGUACAACUGAUGAUAUCUUGACAGAAGAGAAAAGGAAAAUUCUUGUUGAAGAGAUUCUCCCUGAGGCAGUUAAACUGCACAAAGAACGCCUUUUUGUUAAACCAUUGAAGGGUCCUAUUGUCGUGCCGGAGUUCACCAAUAAAGAUGGUCUUUGCUCCAAGUUUAUACCGGAAGCUCAUAAAACCAAUGGUGUUGACGGUGCUGAUAUGGUGCUGUUCGUUGCAGCUACACCGACCACUGAGGAAACAUUCGUGUGGGCGGCAACAUGUGCGAAAUUGGAUUCUGAUGGGCGUCCAGUUGUUGGAAUCAUUAAUUACGGUCCACGGUAUAUUGUGGCUACACCACAGCGUGUCCGCGUUGCUGCUCAUGAGAUUGCCCAUGCACUUGGAUUCAAUCUCCCUGAGAUGGAAAGGAAAGAGUUGGUGGGUAAAGGGUUUACGUUACGUAAUAAGUCAAACGUUGCGCUCGUUACCUCUGACAACACACGGAGAGAGGCCAUAGAUCAUUAUAACUGUGAUACUGCAGAGGGUAUGGAACUACGAGGUGUGCCAAAUCCGUUUUUACGGCCUCCAACAAAUGGCGGUAGUACGCAUGGAGGACGAACAAAUGCAGGUAGACAACAACCACCACAUCGACUACGACCACACUCUGGAGCUAAUGCGAACGGAAUAACUGGUGGUACAAUGCAUGGAAGACUACCAAAUCCAUCAUUAGUUAGACAACAACGACAGCCACGAUCUCCUUCUGGUGCAGCACGACCACUACGACCAGAAGGACCAGCGGUGCUCGCUCUGACUGCAAGUGUACAAGAGGAAUAUGAAGUGGGAGAAUUACACAGUAAUGCUAUGGAUGGUCGUUUUGCAGGGGAGGAGUCUGUUGGCAGUGUUGUGGAAGAGAGACGUGAAGAAGAGGGUUCCAGUGAUGCCAAGUUUACACAGAAUGUACAUCAUUCAUCAAAUGACAUCUCGAAAAGACGUUCACUACACGUUCAAGCUGCAAUGAUGGCAUCUGAAAACAAAUGCGCAAAGGGCAGACGAGUGGAGAAUGCGGCGGGUGCUACAGAGUGUAUUGUUGAGGCAGUACGACCUCCUCCAAGCGGUGAAAAAAUAAUUACACUGUCACACUGGAGUCGACGCAACGCCAAGGACGAGUUGAUGGUUGGUCUCGUCGGUGCUGGUUACUACACCGCACUCACAUUGGGCGCUUUCGCUGAUCUGGGCUACUACAAAGUUGAUUGGACAAUGGCAGAACAGAUGAGUUGGGGCAAUAACGCUGGGUGUGAAUUCUUGAAUAAUAAGUGCGUUAACAGCGGGGAAACUGAUUUCUCUAACAUGUUCUGCACAACCAAAUCCACUGACAGUUCUGAUUCACCUGCAGGACUACAGUGCACAUCUGACCGCCAGUCGCUGGGGAGGUGCAGCAGCAUUGGAGCUAUCCCCGUUAAGAAUGAUCUUCCGGUGGGAUUCCGAUACUUUUCUGACAGCAAAACGGUUGGUUCAGAAGCACGUGAACAAAUGGAUUUCUGCCCGUUUAUCACAGCAAACCAAGGUUACAGUUGCGUCACUGGUGAGGAGAAAAAUAAAAUGCCUGGAAGUGUAAUUGCUAACAACUCACGUUGUGUGGAGGGUAAGGAUCUAAAGACUAAAAAUGAUGCAGCAGUUGGUGCCGUGUGUGUGGAGGUGUCUUGCAAGUUCAACAAGGUAAGUGUGCGGUACAGUGGAAACAAUGACUGGCACAGUUGUCCUGAAGAAGAAAAUCUAACUUUGAAUGGGACUGUACUGCAGGGUAAAAUUGUGUGCCCCAAAUACGCUGAUGUGUGCAAUACAAUCAACAGAACUCUGGAUGAAUCACAAGGUCCAGCAUCAGACCCAGACCCUGUUAAGGCAAUCCAAACAAGUCAACCAGAAGUUGAGACAACGACUACACUCUCGGAAGGUACUCAACCCGCUACUGAAGCCACUGAAACCCCCAAACCAAGUGAAAGCGCUGGUACAAGUAACAAUGCUGGUAACCAGGGUGUGUCUGUGCCGGUUGUCCAAAAUGAGGCAAGUACGACUAAAGAAUCAAAACCCAGUGAAACUAAGGAAGAAAACAUUACCUCAUCUGUGAGUGGGCAGAAUAAUAAAAUUGUUGCGGGAAAAGGCAUUGAUGGUUCUUUUAAAGCUUCUGCUUUCGCGAGUGUUAUGUUUCUUUUCUUGACACUCUCUGUGAUAAUGUUGCCAUGA